AUGCUCAAUCUGGCGACUGCACUGACAUCCACCAUGCCGGCGACUAUGCCGCCGGCCAACGAGGCUCCGGUCAUGGACCCGCCAACCGAUGCGAUGGACAGUGACCAAGAUGCAGAGGGAGAAGAGGAAACAGAUUUCUAUCACAUGGAUCAACAACUUCAGAAUGCGGUUCAUCGCGCCUAUUCGGGAGAGGCAGCGGGUGAAGGUACAAAAGUCGACGACGAUAGGGAUGCGGAAGGCGAACCAGAUAUUGAAGCAGUCAUGGAUGGCGAUAACGAUGAGACGGAACCCGUUGGCGCCGUGAAACUGCCUGAUGAGGCCGCCCAAUCUUCUGAUAAUGACGAGGAUGUCGACGCUGAGGCCGAAGCCGAUCCAGCGUUUGAACAUCAGAGUGGUAGUGAUAAUGACGGAUCUGAAUCCAGCAGUCAAGCUUCAGACGAAGAGUGGGAAGCAGAAAGCAACGGUCAUGAGGAUGCGGAGGCGGAAAUCCCAUCUCGCAGUAAUUGCAUAUUCUGUGGCCAAGAUGAAGACCAUGAUCCUAGCGAAGAGUAUGAAGAGUAUCUAACCUGCACAGUUUGCGGUGAUCACUCUCAUCGGCAAUGUGCUCGUGAACAGGAAGCUUUGCACGAAGGAGAUGAUGCCAGCCAAUGGCGAUGCCUUACUUGCGCACGAGAAAACUUGGAACCGGGUGCCCCCGAGAGCAGUGGCCAAAGACUCCGACGGAAGAACAUGUCUAAAGAGCUUCUACCAGCACAUACUGGAGACGAAGGCUCUGGUUUCCAUUCUAUUUUCAAUACAUUGUCUGUCGAUGAAAGUUUGUUGAGCAGCUCACGAUCUCUGCGAAAAAGAAAGACACUGUCAGUCGAGGCUGAAGAGCACACGCCCGUGCUUCGAAAACGUUCACGGCAAACAUCGCUCCGCUCUGAGCGUGCGGCCUCGAGGGACCAAGAAUUUGAGAGCACUGAGGCGACAGGUGAUGGUGCCGCUGAAGAAUCGCCCGUUCGGACGCGAUCGCGGCGUGGACGCCCAGUGAUUAAAGAAAGAUGCCAUGUGGUAUCAAAACAGUUUGAAAAACUCGUCGUCAGUUUCAAUCUGCCACCAAGCAAGCUCUCUAAAGUCGUCAGCUCCCACCAGCGGUCACGUACUCGGGCCAGAAGGACCCCGAAGCCGCCGACGGUCAUCCAGGAACCGCAAGCUCAUUUUGCUCCUAUCACAACCACCACGCCUUAUAUUUCCCCAUUUUACUCUUUUACCGACCGUGAGAUGGACGAAUCAAAAACCAAACCAUAUGGUGGUAUCUUGUCUGAAGCUGAUGCCGAUACCACCAAGACUCUUCCAGCACAACUUGACCGAGAACGAUUUGAGGUAGCUCGACAGAAGGCCGAAGAAGAAUGGCAAAGAAGGGUGAAAGAAGCCGAGGAUAACGGAGAAGCUGUUCAAAGUGCCUCGCAGAAGGUUUCAGGUCCUCCAUCCAAAAUCAAAUAUAUCAAUUUUGGCGGCUAUGAGAUUGAGACCUGGUACGCGGCACCAUAUCCGGAAGAAUACAGUCGCAACCGAGUACUCUAUAUUUGUGAGUUCUGCUUGAAAUACAUGAAUUCGGAUUUCGUUGCGUGGCGUCACCGGCUCAAGUGUCCUGCCAAACACCCACCGGGCGAUGAGAUCUACCGCGAAAGCUCCAUCUCGAUAUUCGAAGUGGAUGGGCGGAAGCAUCCGGUCUAUUGUCAAAACCUGUGCUUGCUAGCCAAGUUGUUCUUGGGCUCCAAGACACUUUAUUACGAUGUCGAGCCGUUUUUGUUCUACGUCAUGACGGAAUUCGACGACUUGGGCUGUCACUUCGUCGGUUAUUUCAGCAAAGAAAAACGACCCAGUUCAGCAAACAACGUUUCUUGUAUUCUCACAUUGCCAAUUCACCAGCGAAAGGGCUACGGGAACCUCCUUAUCGACUUCUCCUAUCUUCUGACCCGCAUUGAAGGCAAGACCGGUUCCCCGGAGAAACCGCUUUCUGAUAUGGGUUUGGUAUCUUAUCGGAACUACUGGCGACUGAUAUUAUCAUAUCACCUACGUGAUCAGAAGGGCACGCUUAGCAUUGCGGACCUGUCUGAGCGGACAGGAAUGACCGCAGACGACAUUGUGUCUGGGUUGGAAGGGUUGCGUGCGCUCGUCAGAGACCCUAUUACCAAGACCUACGCAUUACGUCUUGACUAUAAGUACUUUGACGAAUGUGUACGGAACUGGGAGAGCAAAGGCUACGUUCAGCUCAAUCCGGAUGCACUGGUCUGGACACCGUAUAUUAUGGGCCGAAGCAACCAGUCACAUUUCGAUCGUGCACCAUUGCACGCCGUCGCUCCACGAGAAGGCUUGGAAGAUGAAGGUGAGGCAGGGGCAUCGUCAGUCAAUGAUGAUAACUCAGUGGAGCUAUCAAAAACAAAGGAUGGUUCCAUCCCGGCAGCGAAUGGAGCUGGAGAUGAGACUGCGUCAGCAAGCUUCUUAUCCAGUGCUAACGGUCUCCAUCCGCUGUCUACUGCCCCUGAGGGUUCAAGCACUCCGGCAGAGACUACAACAGAGAAUAACCCUGCCGUGGGGAUACCGCCGACGCGGUUUGAGAUUUGGCCCCCUAUCCAGGCGCCCGUGUUUAAACGACGCCCUGGUCGACCGUUUGGCAGCAAGAAUUCGUACAAUCGUGGCUACUUUAUUACUCCAACAACGGCUCGAACAGUUGGCCGUGGCACACCUAGGAAAGCAAGCACGUUGACGUCGGAGACUCCAACGGCUAAUCCGUCGAGUGCCCGUCGCGGUCGCAGCGCAAUUUUCGCGGAUUCUCCCGCAGCAGAAUCGGCAGAUGCGAAGGCCAACGGGGACGAGGUAGAUCAACGACAACCAGUGGAGGAAACAGCCGGCGAAGGACGGCAGGGAACCGGUCCCCUUCCAGACGCACCGGCAGAAACCAAAACGAAGGACACGAAUUAUGCUGAAGGUGGUGGAGAGUCGAUCGGAACUAAUGGCACGAACCAUGCAGAUAGCUCUGUGGAAAAUGCAAAAACGCCCGAGGCUAACCCCCCAGAGACUCCAAGGGGAAGGAGCUCGGAAACCAAGUCCAAACUGCCUAGGUCGGGUAAUCGGAAACCGGCCUUCUUGGAAAAGGUCUCGGUCGUCAUUUCUUCUGCGGAGAAGCCCAAUGUCUCAGGUGAGAACAGGGUUAAUGGGACCGACAUUAAUAGAAACGCGUGA